UUGACGUGGCCCAAUGAAUGUUCGCCAACAAGAAAUGGUCGAAUAUAGUUGAGUUUUAAGUUAUUGCUUAGCCACCGGUGUGUUAAAAUAUAGCCGAAAAAUAAGAUACGGGUACAAUAAUUAAAAAAUUAUAAAAUCCACAAAAUUUGUUGUCAUAUCUGACUUUUGAUAAUACAAAGUAAGUGGUGUGUUUCACAAUACAAGUGUUAGUUUAAAAAAAAAAAGAAGACAUAACCUCUCAGUUCCUUAAAGAUGAAAUUAACACAUUACAGUAUUUUGGCAAUUUUGGGAUUCUGCUCAGUUGCAGUUAGUGGUUUAAAACCUGGAGAAUGUGAAGUAUGCAUAAAAGUAAUCGAAAAAUUUGCUGCCACACUACCAGAUGAUGCUAAAAGGAAUCCUGCCCGAAUAGAAGAAGAGUUCAAGAAGUUUUGUAAAACCAGUAAAAAUAAGGAAAACAGAUUUUGUUAUUACAUUGGAGGUCUGGAAGAAAGUGCAACAGGAAUCCUUGGUGAAUUGUCUAAACCAUUAUCAUAUCCAAUGCCUGCAGACAAAAUAUGUGAAAGGUUAAAAAAGAAGGACAAUCAAAUUUGCGAUUUACGGUAUGAUGUUGAAAUUGAUUUAAAGACUGUUGACCUAAAAAAGCUCAAAGUAAGAGAUCUCAAGAAAAUCAUCAAUGACUGGGGAGAAGACUGCCAAGGGUGUAUUGAAAAAAGUGACUUCAUUCAAAGGAUAGAAGAACUAAAACCUGUUCAUACAGAACUGUAAAAAAGUUGACCUGACAAAACUAAUAGACAAAUGAUAUAUUUAGUUAUGUAUUUAUUUUUGAUUCAUAUUAAAAUUCUAAAAGAUAGUUAAAUUAUUUCUCUAA